UACAACUAAGGAACACUGGCAACAUGUUCUACACGCAUGUGCUUAUGAGUAAGCGAGGGCCAUUGGCCAAAAUAUGGCUUGCAGCUCACUGGGAGAAGAAACUCACAAAGGCCCAUGUGUUUGAAUGUAAUCUAGAGAUAACCAUUGAAAAAAUUCUUUCACCUAAGGUGAAAAUUGCACUUCGAACUUCAGGACACCUUCUUUUGGGAGUUGUUCGAAUCUAUAAUAGGAAGGCAAAAUAUCUUUUGGCAGAUUGCAGUGAAGCAUUGCUUAAAAUGAAGAUGACAUUUCGCCCAGGACUAGUUGACCUUCCAAAAGAGAAUUUUGAAGCAGCUUACAGUGCUAUCACAUUACCAGAAGAAUUUCAUGAUUUUGACACCCAGAAUGUGAAUGCUAUUGAUGUUUCAAAACACUUUACUCAGAACCAAAGCAAACCAGAAGAAAUCACACUUAGAGAAGAUUAUAGCAACGAUCUACUUUUCCAAGCUGGGACCUUUGGAGAGGAGCCUGAAGUUCUCAGAAGACAUAGCUUCUUUGAUGACAACAUAUUGCUGAGUUCCAGUGGUCCUUUAGUUGAACAUAGUUCCGGAAGCCUCAUUGGAGAAAAAUCACUGUUCUAUGACAGUGGAGAUGGAUUUGGAGAUGAAGGGGCUGCAGGAGAAAUGAUUGACAAUCUGUUACAAGAUGAUCAGAAUAUCCUGUUAGAAGACAUGCAUUUGAACGGAGAAAUUUCCCUGCCUUCUGAGCCUCCCACUACUAUAGUGGUAGAACCAGAUAAUCCAGAGUGUAUAUGUCUAUCUAAAAGUGAAAAAAUGGAUGAAACCACAUUAUCAAAUGAAGAGGAAGGAUUUACCCUUGAGCCAAUUGAUGCUUCAGACAUUGCUGAGAAAAGGAAAGGCAAAAAGAGGAAAUUGCUCAUAGAUCCAGUCAAGGAGAUCAGUAGCAAAAUUAUGCAUAAACAGCUUUCUUCCUUUUCUGACACACUCAUGGUUUUGGAACUUGCACCUCCUACCCAAAGAUUGAUGAUGUGGAAGAAGAGGGGAGGAGUGGAUACACUUCUGUCAACGGCUGCCCAGGAUUUGACUCACGCGGAACUGAAAAUGUUGUUUACAAAAUGCCUUGUGUCCUCUGGCUUUAAACUCGGAAGAAAAUUGAUAGAGAAGGAGUCAGUAAAGGAAACAAUGGGAAAUGAAAACAUAGUAGAGACCUCCAUUAUGGAAGAGCCAAAUUCUCAGCAAGAGUUAAGUCAAACCAAAGCUCGGAAGGAUGUGAUUGAUGGAUCUAAGUGUAGCUCUCAUGAGGAUAGCAAUAAAAAUAUUAACUCUGAGCAGGAUAUUAUUGAAAUGAUUUCUUCAGCUGCUGAGGAAUCCUCUUUAAUGAAUGCCAUCUUGGCACAAGAAAUUGAAAAUUGUCCAGCUGAAUUGGAGUCAUUGGAGAAUGAACAAAUUAUUGAGGCAGAGAGAUGGAAUCGAAGAGUACUUCGGAUGUUAAAUAGUUUGCGGGAAUCCAACAAGAUGGGAAUGCAGUACUUUAGUCUGAUGAAACUGUGCAGAAAUAGUGACCGAAAACAAGCUGCUGCCCAAUUUUAUAGCUUCCUUGUCCUAAAAAAACAGCGGGCUAUUGAGCUGAGCCAGAGUGCUCCCUAUGCAGAUAUUAUAGCGACAGUGGGACCAAUGUUUCAUACAAUGUGAAGGAAAUCCAGAACAUGCAGAUUUAUGUCAUCCUUGGAGUUUCUGUAUAGAUUGUUCAAUUUAAUGAAGAAGCCGUCUGGAAGCAGCUGAGGUCUGAUCAGUUUCAUCGAUAGGCCAACCUCCUGUUUCCUCUUUCAGAGGAAAGUUCAGAAUAAUCACAGCCAGAAUUGGAAACCUAUAUGCUUACAGAAAUACUUAAUAAUACUUAAUAAUAGCUAAGUAAUAUUUUUAACUUAGCUGACUUGAAUAUAUAACAUUUACCAUUUCCCUGACUUCCAUGUUGCAUUUAAAAUAUGCUUUUUAAACACUAUAUGCCUUCAAGAAACAUUCAAGGAUGUUUUUUAAAAGGCUAUUUUACAUUAGAUUAUUUACUUAAAUUUUAUGGGAUUAAUUAAUAAUCAACACUUUCUUAUUUCCCCACAGACAAUAAUUUAUUUGAUUCUAAUGCAUACCAUCCUUGAUUUGACCUAAUGUCAUGGUUUUUAAUCUAAUAUCUUAAUUGAAGAGUUACAAAAUUCAUCUUUGUUUUAAAUUAUCUGAGUAGCUUUUAGUCUAUUUAUAGGUCAUUUAACCUUUUUAUUUACUAUUUAAUGAUUAUUGUAACCACAAUUCGUGUGUCAGCAAAACUAAAUCUGCUUCUUAUGUUAAAAAGAAAUUAACAGACACUUAUUCAGCAUGUUGUCCGCUGCUACAAUUCAAGUAAAUGUCACUAAAGUGUUCUUUUAACUUGGUGUUUACUGAGCAUUUUUUGACA